AUGGAGCACAUGUUACUGCUAUUCAUAUUUUUCAUACCUAUAUUGGGUCUCACUAACGGAACAGAAACAGAACAAGAUUUUACUUGGCACUUAAAGAAGAUUCCUCAGAUUGUGAGUGAAAGAACUUUCUCCCUUGACAGCCCUAAAUUUGAAGCAAAAACCAAAUUAGAGCUGAACAGUGUAUGUGGAAUAGAAUGUCAAAGAAAAUUGCCGUUGCCAAGCUUGUCUGACUUGAAGGACCUCUUAUCCUAUGAGACUGUUUUUGAAAACGGCACACGGACCCUGACUGAAGUGAAUGUCCUUGGACUAGUGCUUGACCCAGCUGGAAACACAACCACACGAAGGUCUUCAAGAAAGAAGAGGCAGAUAUAUGGAACGGACAGUAGGUUCAGCAUCUAUGACAAGCGGUUUAUGACCAACUUUCCAUUCAACACAGCUGUGAAGAUCUCCACCGGCUGUAGUGGCAUUCUCAUUUCCCCCAAGCACGUCCUAACAGCUGCCCACUGUCUGCACAAUGGCAAGGAUUAUGUUAAGGGCAGCAAAAGACUGAGGGUGGGCCUGAUGAAAACGAAAUCCAGAGGCGAUGGCAGGAAACGCAAAGGUGCUAAAAGAAGUAGGAGAGAAGUUUCUGUGGCCCCAGAGGAUCCCGAAGUUGCCACAGAACUAAGGCAACAAUCCAAAGGUGGUGGGAGAAAACAGAGGAGAUCUAGGAGGAAGCAGGGUACCUCAGAUGGCAUGCCCUCCUUCCAGUGGACCAGGGUGAAGAGUACCCACAUCCCAAAAGGCUGGUUUAAGGGUGUCUCUGGCGAUAUUGCCCUGGAUUAUGAUUAUGCUGUUCUUGAGCUCAAGCGUCCCCACAAAAGGAAAUACAUGGAGCUGGGAAUCAGCCCAACCAUCAAAAUGAUGCCUGGAAGCAUGAUCCACUUCUCAGGUUUUGACAAUGAUCGAGCUGGGCAGCUGGUCUACAGAUUUUGUAGUAUUUCUGAUGAGUCCAAUGACCUCUUUUAUCAGUACUGUGAUGCUGAGCCCGGCUCCACUGGAUCUGGCGUCUAUCUCCGUCUUAAGGAACCGAACAAAAAGAAAUGGAAACGCAAGAUCAUUGCUGUUUACUCAGGCCAUCAGUGGGUGGAUGUCAAUGGUGAACAGCAGGAUUACAAUGUAGCAGUAAGAAUUACUCCUCUCAAAUAUGCCCAGAUAUGCUUCUGGAUACAUGGGAAUGAUGAGAAUUGCACACAAGGCUGAAGAGGGCUGAACCUGGCUCGCUUAGCACCCAUAUGACCACAGAGUGAAAGUCUGCUGCAGCAGUUACUGGAAGAACAUCACUCCACGUCAGGAUGUUUUUGAACUCAAAGCUCAAAAGUAAUGUUAUGGUGACUUGAGGAACACUGAAUUGCUGGGGGAAUGGGUAGAAUUCUCAAGCAAAAUAUUUCUAAUUAUAAUCAAGCCUAGAUAUGCACUUAAAAUCCCAAACUAUAUUUAUGUUUGCAGUUGUGAUAAAUUCAAAUCACUCACAACAGAA